CACGUCGGAAUCUUGUACUACAUCUGAAAACUUUGUACUAACAGCGUAUAAAUGACCCGAUGGACCUAUCAAUAGUGAUUCGCGAUACACUCGAUUAUAACCUCAGGUCUUUAUAUGCUCCCCGCCCACGCUUCAGGCGGCAAACUCUCUCUCUCUCUCUCUCUCGAUCGAAGUGCAGAGCGUCUGAGCAAGUAACUCUGUAAGUACACAGCGAGCGAAUUCCGGUAAAAAUGCAGAAAGAGGGCAGCACCGUCGACAACAACGGCCCCCAAACCAACUCCACCGACUCGCCGUCGCCUUUCCAGACACGCAAACCUCAUCUCUCUCCUCAACCAGCCACCGACCACUUCGCCUCGUUCUACCACCCCUCGCCGAUGUUCCCUCCGGCCGCCUCCACCACCUCCCUCUCCCCCUCCGACUGCUCCUCCUCCUACAACAACAACAACAACAACGACGUCGUCUCCACCGUCGACGACCGCCUCCGCCAGGCCAGCUUCGUCCUCGAGUACCAGCAGCUCUACAACCGCUACGCCAUGUGCCUCGCCCACCUCCAGGACUCCCUCCUGGAAGUCGACUCCCUCCGUGACGACAACGACGAGCUCCGAGUCGCCAACUCGGACCUGGUCAACCGCCUCUCUCUCCUCUCCCAGGCCACCAUCCAAAACUGCCUCCUCACCUCUGCUCCCCAGCCGCCUCUCUCCUUCAUCAACGACUUCAACCGCAUGAGCAUCGGAGGGAACGCCGGUAUGAUCCGAGAGAAUCGAGAAGAGAUUUGCGACAUCAGCCCGACGAGCGUGAUCGAACACAGCCGGUUCGAUCGGAGGAAUACUCCGGAGAGAGUUCAGUUGCCGAAGAGCAUCUCUGUUCGCUCGAGCGGGUACCUGAAGAUCGCUCAACGCGGUGGAGAUCCGAGUCGAGGUAACCGAGUCAAGAGCCCGAGCCCGAAUGAGUCGCAACGAGUGUACGUGCCAGGAGGAAAGAGAGAGGAGGAGGCGUUGGAGUUCGACGUGUACAACCAAGGGAUGUUCAAAACAGAGCUGUGCAACAAGUGGCAGGAGACCGGGAAGUGCCCCUACGGCGACAACUGCCAGUUCGCGCACGGGAUAACCGAGCUGCGUCCGGUGAUCAGGCACCCCAGGUACAAGACCGAGGUCUGCCGCAUGGUUCUCGCCGGCGACACCUGCCCUUACGGCCACCGCUGCCACUUCCGCCACUCUCUCACUGAACAGGAGAGGCUCUUGGGCCCACUCGGCCGCUUCAACGAACUUAAUCGUUGAUCAUGAGAAUAUCGAAUCGAAUCGGUAUAUGCUUGCAGGCGUAGGUUAUGUCAGUUCGGGAUAUAUGUAGGCAAUCAUAGUCCCCAGUUACAAAUUGGAAGAGAAUUUCUCCACUAUAUACUAUAUAUACUAGUAAAUGAAAUAAAAUAAAAUAAAAUAAAAUAAAAUUGGGGAUUUAAUUGGACAAAUGAUUUUUCUGUUUUGAGAAAGAUAUUAGGAGGAAGGUGUGGCUGUGGAAGAAUAUACUACUAGAUUUGAGGGAAGGAAACAGAGACUUGGUGAGGUUGCUUUCAGGGUUUUUUUUGGUAAGUUGAUGAUUCAUUGGUUGUUGCCUGUUGGGUUAAUGUCUCUGAUGAUGUUGAUAGAUUUCUGGAUGCUGUGAUGGCACGAAAUGUUUGAUUGCAUGCCAUUUGAGGAAAUUGAUUCGUUAACACUUCAG